AUGCAAGUGAAUUUAAACAGCAAAAAGGUGGCGUAUGAUAUUAUAAAUGAGGUGUGUAAGGAGAUUAUAGACGACUAUUCGGUGAAUUUGAUAGAUUCCAACAUAAUAUACGAACUCAGGGAGGACUGGAUGAACAAUUUUGAGAGUAUGGGCCUGAGGGAAGAAAUCAAGGAGGAUGAAAAUGAGAGUAUAGAGGAAGAGUACUCUGUGUCUGCGACUGAUACGGAGGAAGACAUAGACAUACGAAGGGCGGAGGAAUCAAAUAGUUAUAUUGUGUGUCUAUUUGUAAAAGUAUCAAAGUCUAAGGGCAAAUGGAAGUGUCUCUUCAAAGAUGGAUUCGCGAAUACCGAAGGCGAAGAAGACCAGCCAUUCAAUAACGCAUCUGGUGAGCUGGAGUGGUAA